AAUGCGUAUGCGCAUUUCCAUUCGAAUGACUAAAGAGCUAUUCUCGACCGCUCGUAUUCAGUUCGUAUACGAAUUGAAACCGAAUGGUUUACAGCGAGCGGAAAUCUGUAGACGCUUUCAAAUAAAGUGUACGUUUUAAUUUGACAGUUGAAAUAAAAAUUUGGAUAAUGGAAGAUGUUGUACAAUUAUUGUUGAUAGAGGAGUUAGAGGACAUAGAAGUAAGAAAUAGACGUGUACAUAGACGCCGGUUGGACCCAUUUAAUGAACUUAGCGAUGAGUAUUUCAUAAAAGUUUUUCGCUUAUCUAAAGCAUUAGCGCAAUUUUUGGUACAUCUUCUAAAAGAUUACAUCGCCCCCGCAAAUCGUUCCACUGAUUUGGACAUAACAACGAAGGUAAUUUGAGUAUCAAUAUUUUCAAGGAUAUAUACUACAAUAGGUACAAUCUUAGUUGAAGCGAUUUUUUUAAGGUUUUAGUAACGUUGAGAUUUCUUGCAAGUGGAAGCUACCAAAUGGACGUGGGAUCAAAUUAUAACUUUGGAAUAUCACAACCUUCAGUAUCAAGAUGUAUUGAAGAAGUUGUCAAUGCCAUGAACAGAAAUGAAAUUUUUAACGCUUAUGUACAUUUCCCUAGAAAUAUACAAGAACUCAAUGCUGCUAGAAUGGGGUUUUUUGAAAAGUAUAAUUUCCCAGGAAUAAUUGGGUGUAUAGAUUGCACACAUGUUGCAAUAUUCCCCCCUAAAGUGGAUGAUGAUAAUUAUCCUGAACAUAUUUAUGUGAAUAGGAAGAAUUAUCAUUCCAUUAAUGUACAACUGAUAUGUGACCAUAAUUUGAAGAUUAUUAAUGUGAAUGCUUUAUUUCCUGGCAGUACUAAUGAUGCUUUCAUUUGGAACCAAUCCAAUGUGCAAACCCUAUUAAGACGAUUACACGAGGCCGGAAAUAAAAAUUAUUUCUUGUUAGGCGAUUCGGGUUACCCAUUAAGAAGUUGGCUGUUAACACCUUUAGAAUAUGAACCACGACCUAAUAUACCUGAGCACUUCUAUAAUUCUAGACAUAAAACCAUACGGAGCACAAUCGAAAGAUGUAAUGGUGUAUUAAAAAUGAGAUUUCGCUGCCUUCUUAAACACAGGGUUUUGCAUUACUCCCCCGAGAAAGCCAGUAAAAUUAUAAACGCCUGUGUUUUGCUGCAUAACUUGUGUAUUGAGCAUAACAUAGAAACUCCACAAAAUGAGGAAGCCGAACAAAUUGAUUUGGGCGUGCAUGUCCCAGAAAGAAAUCAUGUUGUUGAGAGAGUAAAUCCCGAACUGGCUGCUGGCAGAAACCAAAGAAAUAAAUUAAUUACACUUUUGCAACAAUAAAUAAUCGGC